CGGGGACGCGGCCUGCCGCACCGGAAGGAGUCCUGAAGGAAGCGCCGGGUCUUGGCACCGGCGGGCGAGGAGUUGUGGCGGCGGCGGGGGGCUCAUGGCAGCGGUGUGGGGCCGGCGGCUGCCCACCCGAGGACCCGGAGGGAGAGAAUGAGUACAUGUUGCUGGUGUACACCAGGUGGUCUCACCACCAUCAAGCUACUAACAAGUUACGCCUCGUCUGCCCUGUCUCCGAAGGAUGUUGCCGCAGCCAACGAGGACCUCUGUUACUGUCUGGAAUGCGUGGAGGAGUACCACAAGGCAAGAGAUGAAGUCCCGUCUUUGCACCAGAUCCUGUGGGAUCGGGAAGUUUCCCGUCUUGUCGACCGCUUUGAGAAAUCCAUGCAAGAAGACAAUGAAAAUGACCUGUACUUGGUGGAGGAGGACAGGAUCACCCCCUUGAUCUCCUGUUACACGGGGCCUAAUUUUGAGAAACGUCUCCGGGUGCCCUUGCUGGAAGUCCUCAAGUACCCCUACCUGCUACUUCAUGAACACCUCAGCGAGCUGUGCGUAGAUGCUCUUUGCAAAAUGGAGGAAAUGAACUACUCCUACCAAGUGGUUGGCAAACAUCCCGGUAUCUAUUUACUCAUGGUGCAUCCCAAUGAGAUGAUCCGCCGGUGGGCCAUCCUGACUGCUAGAAACCUGGGCAAAGUCGACCGGGACGAUUAUUACGACAUCCAAGAAGUGAUGAUCUGUUUGUUCAAAGUCGUGGAACUGGGCCUCUUUGAAAACCCGGAUAUUUAUAGCUCCCCAGGGAUUGAGAAAACCAAGCUGAUCCUGUUGCCUCCCCAUCUGUACGACACCAGCAAUUACAAAAACUAUUGGCUUGGUCUCUGUAUGCUGCUCUCGGUGCUAGAAGAACAAGCAAUGGAUUCAAUGCUGCUCGGACCAGACAAGCAGAAUUUCAUGCAGUCCAUCAUGAACACCAUGAAAAAGCAGACAGAUGAUGAAAUCAAUGACCCCUUUUGGCCCGUCCUCCACUGUUUCAUGGUGAUCCUGGAUAAGUUGGGGUCCAAAGUGUGGGGUCAGUUGGUGGAUCCGGUCCAGGCGUUUCAGGCGAUCAUCAACAACGCAAGCUAUAAGAAGGAAAUAGAGAACAUUCGCCGAAAUUGCUCCAGGACAAAAUCAGAGCCAUUAUUGGACUACAGGGAUGAAACAGUUACCUGCAGCCAGAUUGUAUAUAACUACAACCUUGAAAGACCCCACAAGGACUCAAGAUUGAAGACUACUGCUUGCUUGGACUACUGCCCCAACUUUUAUGAAGAAAUGCAGACCCUGACUGACAUGUUCCAGUACGACAUCGGGCGGGACAUGCGUUUGCACCACAGCACUUUCCUCUGGUUCAUUCCUUUUGUCCAUUCCCUGAUGGACCUCAAGGGGCUGGGCGUCGCCUACAGCAUGGUGGUCAUCCAACACCUCUGUUCAGAAGUCAAGGAGGUCCUUCACCACACCGUCCAACCUUGUGACAAAGUGUCUCAAUUUUUCAUCUGGAUCCUCGUGAUGGUAGUGGAGCUCAACUUGAAGAAGAAAUGCUUCAACACUUUGUGGGUCAGCUCUCAAAACUGGGUGGAGGUGGUGGUGACGUGUGCCAGGCUUCCAAGUAUGGCGUUUGCCUGCAGAGCUGAGAAGGACUUUGCCAGAAACGGACCUAGAAGUCUAACAAAAGUACCAUCUUGGGAACCGGAUUCUAUACAGUCUGCUUGCAUGAAUUUGAUCCGACUUCUCCUCAAGGAGGGCUACCAGAUGGGGCAGAAGGCCUCCCCAUUCCUCGACGAGCUGAAUUUGCUUCGGCGUAGUCACGAAGACUGGAAGCUGAGCCCCCAACAGGCGCGGGAAUUACAGACGUGCUUGAUUGAGAUCAUAAGAAGCCUCUGGACUAAGUCAUCAAGUCCUUCCUCCCAUGGAGCGAGUCCUACCCGUCUCUUUAGCGAACAGGAGGGGAGAAGUCCAGGAUAUCUUCCCCAAGAACACUCAACCUAUCAGUCACCAAGAAGGCAGGACGAAGUUUUUCAAGAAGGAACUUUGUCUGAGAAAAAAUAUAGCUUGGAGGAGGAAGCAAAGAGAAGCAUUUGUGGAAAGCAAAGCCAUCAGAGAAGUUCCGAGUUCCAUUUGGCCAACAUUAAACAGGAACUUAAAGAGAGUUUAUUACAUGAGGACCACAUGUUGCACUCAACAGGGAGUCCCACAGAUGCCCAGAACAGCGGAAGCUCCCAUUCAAGACUGAUGAAGCAGAAUAGCUCCCUAAACCAAGGCAGUUUCGACAAAGUCGUUCAGAAGAAAGAUACCAGUGGGAAAGAAGAGAAGCCCAGAAUUAUCGACGUUGAUCUUCACCAAUGGCCCAGCAGUUCUGCUUUGGAAGAAAAGCAGAUUCCAAAAAAGUUCACCGAGAAAAUGAAGUCAAACAAAGCUGACCUCACUUUGAAAUUAAAACAGUUUGUGCAGAACAGGAAGAGACAGCUGGGACCGGAGAGUGAAAAGCAGCAGUCCAUUAAGGAGGAGAAGCAGGAUCAGGAAGAAAUGACAAGAAGAACGUCGGGAGAUGGUAGCUGUAUGUCCAACUGGGCGCUAAGUUUGGAGAAUGGCUUUCAAGCUAAAACACUUUGCAUAAAGAAGGAGCCCAGAGACAGUUUGGCAGAAUUUAAGAGCGCUUGGAAAAGUGGGGCAGAGUCAGAAGAAAGUAGCACAGACGAUGAACUGAAUGUCCCCUUGCUGGAGAUUAGGAAGGAGCUGAUAAGAAAAAAAUCGAUGGUCCAAGCAAUGGAGCCCGAAAUAGACAAAAAAGGCAAAUUGUGUUUAGUUGCUGGUCGAGAAAGUACCUUGAGUUACCAGAAUCCUAUUCAAAGAAAAGUUCAAGGGGCAUUGAGGUCUUUAUCUGAAAGUGAAAGUCACACAUUGUCUUCUGAAGCAGGUAGACCCUCAAACCAGGUCAUCAUCAUUUCAGACUUGUCUUCCGACGAAGAAGAGAACAAAGUGAAUUUGAGCCAGAGGAGCCAAGAAGAAAAUCUGAGUGUGUCCCUUCAGAAAGACCCCGAGGCUAACGAACAAGAUGCUAUAACCGUUUCCAGUUCUCCGUUGAUGUACGGGGAAUGUGAAUCGCAGUGCUUUGAGUUUGAAACUGAAGAGGAGAUUUACUCCGCUUGGCAAGAUAGCCAGUUGGACAAGACAACGGAGGCAGAUGUUUUUCCAGUAAAGACAGCUGACAGGUCCGCCUCAUCUGACUUGGAGUUGGCUAGGCACCUUGAUGAGCAGGAUUAUGACACAGAUCAUCUUGGGCAUGACAUUAUUGAAAAAAACGAGCAGGAAUUGGAACAGCAGGUGAAAAUUGAUAAAACCAAACUGAAACUUCCUGUCCAGGCCGAUGAAAAAAAUGUUGGUGAGGGAAGCACAGCUGUUGGUUCAAAGUAUUUCACAGCCAUGCACGCCGAUGGUCGGGAGACUCCCAAACAGAGUUCAGCUUCAACUUCCAGUACACCACUACUACCACCACCAUCUGGUAGACCUUUGACACCAUCACUGGAACCAACUCCCAGGCCAAGGAAGAGCUUGGCUAAAUCCAAGUGGCUGAACACAGCUCAACGGAGUCCUGAGAAAAGAAGGCUCGUGACUGAAAAAUCGCCCUGUGCGACACCAUCUGGAUCGCCUCAUCCUUUCGUGGUCCCUCCCAAAAAAGUCCACCAUUUUCCCGAGCCAACGUCCACCGUGGAAAAGCUGGGCCUGAAAAAGAGAGCCCGCAGAGCUGCAGAGCUCUCCCAACGUUCUCACGACGUCGUCGCCCAGUUGCGCAGCUAUGGAAAAGCAGCUGGGCAGCUUCCCCAAAAAAGGAGAAGGGCCAAACUGAUUGAACCUCAGCGGAUGGUUAUCCGGAACAAAGUGCUGUUGGCCAGCCAGGAACGCCAGUUCUUCAGACAGUCAAGACCCAAGAAGAAGGAGAAAGGAGACAAUGUUCCCAGAGCAAAAAGGACUUUUCUCAAGCCAACUGUGGCGUCUACUAGCAAGGAGGAGGUUGAAAAUCUAAAAGGAAAGCCUAGCCAGUUCAGCCAUUCUUCUAACCAUGUGAAGGAAUUGCUACCACAGCAUUCACAAGGGGAUGAUGGGUCCCAUUCUGCACCUCUGGAGAGAGAGGCUCUUCCUUCGUCAAGGCAAGACCCUCUCAAGCCUGACUCAGAUGUUCCAGGAUGUUCCACCGCUGUUCCAGGGAGCGUCUGCUCUUCAAGCGAAGUUGGCAGCAGCAGCUCAGAUUCCUCUUCCGAUCAGCGUAGCAAGAACUUGAGUGAGAACGCAUCUGGGCUAAAGGAGGACCUCAACCCAGAAGAGAAUGAGGAUGACUUAUUCCUAACCCAGAGAGAUCCGGUGGACAUGGAGCUUUGCUCACAAAUGGACAGUAGCAGUCACCCAGAAGACACAGUGGUCCUCCCAACUUUGCAGGAUCCACCUCAGGUCAUUGAGAACUGCAGGCAUCCCGGAUGUCCUAAAAAGAUGGAAGGAGCAGGUCCCUUCUGCCAUGGUCAUUCUCUGCCUAACCCUCCAGACCACGUCUUUGCCAAGCCCUGCGCGCCUCCCAAGCCUUCCACCAAGAAAAUCUUCAGCUCCAGUGCUGCUUCUCAGAUUGCCAGCCUCUCCAAAGAUCUAGAGACCAGCUCCACGCAUGUAGCAGCAGCAAAGACCUCCAAGGCAGAUGGCCUGAGGACCAAGCUGACUUUGGCCAAUCUCCUUUGCCCUAGCAAUAUGAAUAAUGUCUCCACGCAGCCCCAAAACAGCCAUGUUGUCGGUAAUGCCAGCAAGAUGCCUGUUCCACGCUCUGACACGGGCCAGGAGGCACGCCCAUUUUUUGCCCGAGUCAACAGUUCUCACAAUCAGCCUAGAGACCACAGCAUUUUCACCAAAGAAAUCCUGAAGUGGAGCUACGAUAUGUUUGCCAACUUCAGGGAGCUGGGACCACCAAGCCAUCUCUUGCAGGCGCUCGUUAUCUCUGUUCCGGUCAAGUUUCCGAACUACGAUGACUAUUUUAAGAUUUUCUUCCCUUUGAUGAUGCUCAACGCCUUUGAAGAGGUAGCAUUUGACUGGAUGGAGAAUCGGAAGCUGAAAGAGCCCAAGUCUUUUCAUUUGACUUUACUGAAUUUCAACAUGGAUUUGAACAAAGCCGAUUUCACAGCUAAUAUUUCCCAGCAUGAUGUAGAAAAUAAAUAUCAUCCCAAGGACGAUGACCUGGUCUUGCUGACGGUAUCUGACAAACGGUUUUACGAUGAACGAGAGGGGGAAAACCGGGCCAUUCAGCAUGUGGGAUUCGUGACUCGUUUUUCUAAUCCUUGCAUUCAUAAUGCUAAAACGAAGGAACAACAGGUCACUUGUCACCUCUCCAUCCAGACUCAAGGAAAUCUCUCGCGCAUUGAGAAAGAGGUGAAAUGCAUAGUGGUCAGCUCCUUGGCGACAACCCACCGGAGGUUCCAGGCCCUCUUGAUGCUGAAUCGCAGCCCAUUAGCCAUGCCCAUCCUGUCUCCAAGUGCCCCCUACUUCUCCCCGAGAGAUUUAAACGCCGAGUCUGAGAAAUCGCUUCCUUACAUGAGGGACUUCAACCAAGGGCAGAGGCGAGCUAUUGAAAGUGCUUACGCUAUGAUAACCCAGCAUCCAUCUUCACCCAAGAUCUGCUUAAUCCAUGGACCACCUGGGACCGGGAAAUCGAAAGUGAUCGUUGGGCUUCUGCACCGCAUCCUUGAUGAGCGAUCGGGAAAGGAGAACGCCGUCCAGAGGCUGAACGCCAAGAUCAAGACGAACCGCAUCCUGGUUUGUGCGCCUUCCAACGCCGCCAUCGAUAACCUCAUGAAAAAAAUAAUUUUGGAAUUCAAAAAAUACCGGGAGAAAAACGCUUUAGGGAAUUGUGGCGACAUCAACCUGGUCCGUCUAGGGCAACAGAAGUCGAUCAACAGCGAAGUCCGGAAAUUCAGCUUGGACGAUCAGGUCGACCGCAAAAUCAACAAAGCCAUGCUUGGUAAACACCAAGACCUCCAAAAGAGGAAGGAAGAUUUAGAUCGGCAGCUGGACACGCUUUCUCGUCUGCGGGCCAUGGACCGAAGCGAGAACGGGGAGAAGAAACAGCAGCUGGAGGAUGAAAUUUGCCAGCUCUCCAAGGAGAGGCAGUGCUUGGCUUCUCAACUCAAAGAGGCUCGCGGGCGAUCUCAAGAAUUGAAAGCCAGCAUCAUUUUGGAGUCCCAUAUCAUUUGCUGCACCUUGAGCACCAGCGGAGGGAUGCUGCUGAAAUCCGCUUUCCGCAGGCUGGGCGGGGACCCCGUCAGCUGUGUGAUUGUGGACGAGGCAGGACAGACGUGUGAAAUCGAAACUCUUAUCCCUCUGAUCCAUGGCUGUAAGAAGCUGGUCCUGGUUGGCGAUCCCGAACAGCUGCCUCCCACCAUUAAGUCCCUGAAAGCCCAGGAUCAUAGCUACGACCAGUCUCUAAUAGACCGUCUCUGCAAGCAUCUGAAGGAACAAGAUCAAGAAAAUAUCUCUGGGAAAUUUCCAGUGUUUCAGCUCACCGUUCAGUAUCGGAUGCACCCAGAAAUUUGCCUUUUCCCCUCCAAAUAUAUCUACGAAGGGGUCUUGACCACUGACAGGAAAAUAGCAGAAGAUCGCUUCUCGCUGGCCUGGCCUUUUCAACCCUAUUUGCUUUUCGACGUCUUAGACAGCCGCGAGGAAUGCGAGAAUGACUCCUUUUAUAACCCCCAAGAAUUGACGCUGUUGACGGAGCUAAUGAAGGUCAUUAAGGAGAAAAAGAAGGACAUCGGCUCUCGCCAAAUUGGAAUCAUCACUCCUUACAACGCGCAAAAGAGGAGGAUACAGAGACAGCUGGAUAAAGAAUUUGGAGAAAACAAUGUUGGGGAAAUUGACACCGUGGACGGAUUCCAAGGCCGGGAGAAAGAUUGCGUUAUUGUCACCUGUGUGCGGGCAAACAGCACACAAGGAUCGAUUGGGUUUUUGAGAAGUUUGAAGCGCCUGAACGUCAUCAUCACCCGGGCCAAAUACAGCCUGUUUAUUCUCGGGAAGCUGAAGACUCUCAUGGAGAACAAAGACUGGAACGAGAUGAUCCAGGAUGCCCAGCGGAGAGGGAACAUCAUCCAGACCUCCAAGAACACUUACAGAACCAGCGCCCUGAAAAUCCUCAAAUCCAGACCGUUUCCCUGUUCCAGAGUGGCAACUCCAGAAAGAGACGCCCAAGAACCCUCGGCCUUUAGUGGAACCAAGCAACAGGCCCUUCCCGGCCCCGAUACGCAGCGCCCUCCGGUCCCCCUCCCCACUCCAGCCGUCAACAGGACCCCUCAAGAGACACAGAAGCCCCGGCCGCUCCUCGUGAGGCAGCCUAAGCCCAUCCAGGACAGGCCGCAAGACCCCCGUCUCUUCAGACGAGCAAAAUCGGCGAGCAAGGCCGCCAACGGCAAGGAGGGUGAAACCUCGGCUUUGUGGGCCUCAUCAAGGCAAAAAAACCCCGGCCCUCUGCCCGCUCAGAGCCGUAGCAAUUCCGCGGACACGCUGGGGGAGACGUCAAGCCGCGUUGGCGCCCCUCUGCCGAGCAGAGCCCCCUCCACCGAAAUCCCGGACCAGAGACUCUCCUUUCUGACCGAGCAAUUCAAGACUUCGGAAAACGUCCCCGGCUAUCCCCAGAGGAUAUUGGAGGCGUCCCAGGAGAAAGACGAUUCUACCCAGCCCAAGAAGAGACGCAUCACUUUCUGACUCCCGAGACCCCUUCUUCCCUCCCCCCCCCAAUUCCUUGCCAGGAGUCUUGUAUUCGAGUCUUCCCAUCACUUCUUGCUUGUAAGACUUGAGAGAAAGAGAGAGAGUGUGUCUUCGCCUGUCUGGGUCUGUAUGCAUAAAUACACUGACACGAGGCAGAUACUACGCCUUGAAACAGCCAUAUCUUAAAACAAAAAAAAAACCUCCAAAAUCUGGAAGCCUUAAGGGCCGUGUACAUUUGUACAGGAAAGAAAGCUUUAUUUUUUAGAGGCCAGAAGAGUGCCCGUAGAAUGCUUCCAUGUGUGUAUAGUAUCCUAUUUAAAGAGUCCAUUGCUGGGUGAGUGAAGACCUGGCCCGCCCGCCCGCCCGUCAAGGACCUUGUCAGUCACUGUCCUGAUACGUGUGGGAUCCCUACUUUAAACAAGACCUCCUGUCCCAGCACUGAAAUCCUGCUUAUUUCAUUGCUGAUUCUUUGGGGGGGUACACAACACAACACGGGUUUGGUGGACUUUGCCCUGCCUAAUUCGGGGUGCCUUCUGAGGAAUGGCAGUAAGCAACAUGGGCUGAAAAGAACAUUUGCGCAAAUAACAAAUGACUUCCUGUCUCCAUUCGUACAGAGAUUCUGCAAUAUUCUAGCCUCCCUCGCCCAUUUUCUGACCAAAGUGCCUCUUGUUUUUUUUGCAAAGAUGUGAAAAAGUUUGGAUUAUUUCCUCAACUGGGCUGGGCUGGGCUGGGGAGGAGUGUUUUUCUCUCUCUGCCUGCCCACUACUCUGCGGUAAAUUUAAUCUUUUAUUAAAAACUUGCAGUUUGGCAAUUUGCGGUUUGUAAUGGACUUUUCCCCGCCCUCUUUCCCUCUCAAAAUCUGGGGAGGAGGGUCCCAAGCACAAGGGGAAAAAAAA